CUCAACUUAGGUCAACCAUUUCCUUUUUCCAAUUCAUCGGCAGUGUAAAAUUUUAAAUAAUUUUGUCUUAAUCCUCGUGUACCGAUUUCAGUCUGAAUCAAAAUGUCAAGACGAGGAGGUAGGUUUGAGCAUUUCGUCGUUAAGUUGAACUUUUGAGCCCCGAAUGAGACGUUUUUGGCUAUUUUAGGUCGAGGAAAAACACAUCACAAAGGCAGGAGACGCCAUUUUACCGAUGCAGAGGAGCUGCAAAUGGAGAUGGAGAGAGAAAAGAGAAGACAGGAAUGGAGGGUAAUUUUACUUGAUAGUGUUCUAGAUAUAUCUCAUUCGCAUUCUAUUCUUGAAACAAAUUAAAUGAACAGUGCAGAUACCGUCAACAUGUACAGAAUUUAACAGAGGAUGUUGAGGAACUUAAAUUAAAUGAAAAUGCAACGUGAAUUAAACAUGAUGCAAUGCACACAAGUACCGAUACGUACCCUUUUUAAAAAAAAAUUCAACGCCUUAUUUACCAGAUUAUUUUUAUCAUUGAGGAUAGAUCUUUUGUUGUAAGACUUCAACUAAAAUUUCCAAUGUUGAAUUAGUCAUGGUCUGAAAAACUAAAUCGCCGUCGAAUAGGUUCCUCCGAAUUUACAAGGAGUUAAAUUUGUUGUUGCUCGCUCAGCUGUUGAUUUAUUUACAACGAUGCAUUUGUAUAAUUUAUCAGCACAGGAAGCUUCUAUAUGUCACUGUUAAAGAACUUCACUCCCCUGUUUUAAUAUCAGAGAUGUAUUUGUAUUUACCUUCAAAUAUAAUUUUUUCAAAUGAUUUGCUCUUGGAAUCUUUUUUAUUGUCUUUGAAACACUACUGAAUAAACGAGAUAAGUUUCUAAAGAAACUGUGGUGCUGCAUCAGUUGGGGUAGUAUAACAAGAUAAUUUGAUUUAAUCAACAGAGUUAAUAUAAUUAUAAAUUGGCCACCAUAAAUAGUUUUUAAAGGUGAUAUUUCAACCGUUAGCCCUUCACCCUGGCAAAGGGCCAGCAAUUCUUACUAUAGAAGAAACUGCCCAAAACAUAGUUGGUUUUCCUAAAAAAAUAUUUCAACUGAAUUGCUUAGCCUUUAUCAUUUAACAAUAUAAAUUGUGGCUUUUGAAACUAGAAUUAUCCAUGUAACCUUAGAGUUUUAACCUUUCAUCUUCAGGAGAAGAAAGAAGGUGAUGGUUCAGAUGAAGAAGGUGCCACUGCAGAAAAACCUGAGGCCAGCAGUGAGGAGGAAUCUGACAGUGAAGAAGAGGUAGGAAAUAGAUGCUGUGGUCAUCUAGCCUAAGGUAGUCCAAAAUAAUAAUUGUUGUUAGGGACAGUUGUUGACAUUUUGACAGCUGGAGCAAUUGUCAUCAUCAUAGUCACACCUUAUGUCAAGUCAGAGUCAAGUCACCCAAGUCUUGACCCUGAUAAUGACCUGUGCUCAGUUGUCAAACCAUUAGUCACUGCCAGUAAGAAAAGUCCUUUUUAGUUCCAACUAACCCAAACAAUCCCAUCACACUGUCAAAUUUUACCCAUGGGUCAAAACUAUUUGAUAGAAAAUGUAUACACUUUUUUAUUGGUUUAGCUGGUAACACACAGUGAUAUUUUGUGAGUUGCAUGGUGUUUUAUGAACCUCAUAGGGACGAGGAAGAACAUUUGCAAUGAGAAAAAUGUUUGCUUGUAUUAUAUGUUAAACCAUGGAAUAGAGGAAUUAUUUUUCCAUUAUGAUUUCCACUUUCCACUAUCCACUGAUCUCCAUUUUCCAUCAAUAUUUUGCCCUGCACCACAGUGUAAUACUGUGGCAUAUUUUGCAUGUUCUCAUGCCUUAAUAUGGUAAAAUGGCAUUGUAGUGGAAUAAAGGGCAUUUUGACUCUAUCUCACCUUGAUUCUCUGACCAAAAGCACUGAAAAGCUUUUUUUUCUUUCAUUUUAUAGCAGGUUAAACCAAAAGGUGUUAGUGGUCUCAUAGAGAUAGAAAAUCCCAACAGAGUCACUUCAAAAACAAAAAAGGCCUCAGAAUUAACCAAUGAUGAUAGUAGUACUGUGCAACUAUCUCGAAGAGAGAGGUUUGUCAUAAAACACAAUAGUUUUAUAUUUCAAGGAGUAUAUUUUCUUUUUGGUGAUACUAGUAUUAUGAAUUUUAAAAUAUCUUGAGCCAUGAUUGAUCCAAAAUUUUAUACAUUAUUUUUUAUUUUAUUGUCCUUGAUUUUUCUCUUCAGGGAAGAGAUUGAACGGCAGCGUACAGCAAUGAGAACGAGGAAACUACAAGAAGAAGGGAAAACAGAUCAGGCCAGGGCUGAUCUGGCACGACUAGCAGUUAUACGGAGGCAAAGAGAAGAAGCCGCACGCAAAAAAGAAGAACAGAAAAAAGGUAUUAUCCUACCGAGCAUUUCAGGUGUUUGUGGCUUGUAGGUGUAACUGUAUGUGCUUUGUAUGGGGAAAGCAUUUCUUCAGUUGAUAGUAGGUCACUCACAGUUUUAAUCAUCAAUUGUAUAUUGAUUGUAUGAGAUUUUUGGGUAGAGAUGGCUACUAAUUAUUUGAUUGUGAAGAGUGACCAGCAUCUAAUUUCUCCUUUCAAUAUCACCCCUGAAUUGAACUUAAAGGUCAUGAGAAUUAAGGAAAUGAUCACCAAGUAAGAAGCUCUUAAUUGUGAAACAAAUUCUCCCUGUCAAUUCCCUGGGAAAUGUGUAGAGAACAGUUUGGAGAAUAUGCAUUCUGAUGUUAGGAUGUGAAGGGUUAAGGAUGUUUUAUUAUAUAAACGAUUUGAAGUUGCAAAAAGUAGAUUGGCACAGCUUGUACAUCAAUUACAUUCCAAGGAUAAUUUUGAGAUAUUUAAGCCUUGAGAUGUGCUCUCUUAAGAUCAUAUGGUUUGAAUUCAAAAUUGCUGAUUUAUAACAAAUCUUUGUUACUUUACAGCAAAAGAAGCUGCUGAUGCAGCUAAAAAUGCCAAACGAUGAUAGAGGCCUAAUAAAGAAGCACUGUCCUGUCGUGAAAGCAUCUAGGAUAACAGAACUGAAUGAGUAAAGGCAGAAGUGGACAGAUUUGGUGGAGAUAAUCGUAUUUUUCGUACACUUGUAAAGUACUGAGACAAAUUCUUGUAAAACGGAAGUAAAUUUGAAACCUGUAUCUUAAUGUGGGAAUGUGGCCACUUGAAAAAUUACAUUUUAGUCUGAUAUUAAUUUUUCAACCAAUUGCCAAUACACUUGUCAGCUUUUUGAUUUUAUGUAGAAGCUGGUGGCUUCUUAUACAUGGAUAGAUUGAGAAUGACAUAAAAAGCCCGUUCUUGUUGGGAAAAUUGUCUUUGGAAAAGAAGAAAAACAAAGAAAUCUUAUUUCUUACACGGUCGAGACUCAUUUAAAAUACCGGCUAAUUGCUUUCCCCAAAAAAACGCUUAAGUAAAACUUUCUAAAGAUCAUAGCUUGUGGUGGAAUCAGCGUCUCAGUCCGUAUACAAUUGGUUUC